UCCAUUUCUUCAAACAAAAUCCCCCGUCUCUCUCUGAAUCUCUCUCCUGAAAAGCAAAUUAGGCCAAAAGAAAGCCGUUCUAAGAAACGAUGUCGACUUCGUCGUCGUUCAGGAAGUCCUCGUGCCUUUCACGGAGAUUCUCGGGAUCGAGAUCAUUGGCCAAAACGGCAGCGCUAGCAACGGUCUCGCCAACGGUGAACCAGUCGGAGAUUUCUUCUUCUUCUUCGUCGUCGUCGCAGCCUACGCCGCUGGCGGAGGCGGAGGCGGAGGCGGAGGAGGAAGGGCAAUCGUGGUCGACGAUGCUGCCGGAGUUGCUAGGUGAGAUCAUGGAGCGCGUGGAGGCGAGUGAAGAUCGGUGGCCUCAGAGGCAAAACGUCGUCACAUGCGCCUGCGUUUGUAAGAAAUGGAGAGAAGCUAUGAGAGAGAUCGUUAGGGCUUCUUCCCCCGGAAGCGGCAAAAUCACUUUUCCUUCAUGUCUUAAACAGCCUGGUCCAAGUGAUUUUCCAAACCAUUGUAUUAUAAAGCGGUGCAAAAAGAACUCAACAUUCUACCUUUUUCUUUCUCUUACGCCAUCCUUCACCGACAAGGGGAAAUUUCUAUUGGCAGCAAGAAGAUAUCGACAUGGUGCUCAUAUUGAGUAUAUUAUAUCCCUUGAUGCAGAUGACUUAUCUCAAAGCAGUAAUGCCUAUGUCGGGAAGUUAAGUUCGGAUUUUCUAGGCACCAACUUUACGAUCUAUGAUAGUCAACCCCCGCACAGUGGUGCCAAGCCUUCAAGCAGCAGAACAAGUCGCAGAUUUGCAAGUAAGCGAAUCAGCCCCCAAGUUCCAGCUGGCAAUUUUGAGGUGGGAAAAGUGUCUUACAAGUUCAAUCUCUUGAAAUCAAGAGGUCCAAGGAGGAUGGUUUGCUCAGUGAAAUGCCCUUUGCCAGAAGAAAGGGCCGACAAGCAUUUAGAUGACUCCAAAGCGAAAAUAGUUGAGGGAGCUGCACCUGGUCUUGUAAUUUUGAAGAACAAAGCUCCAAGAUGGCAUGAACAUUUACAGUGCUGGUGUUUGAAUUUCCACGGUCGGGUUACAGUUGCAUCUGUGAAAAACUUUCAGCUGGCUGCAACUGUAGAUCCAAGUCAACCAGGAGGGAAAGGAGAUGAAGAAAAGGUUCUCCUCCAGUUUGGUAAAGUUGGGGAUGAUACAUUCACCAUGGAUUACAGGUCACCCUUGUCCCCCUAUCUUGCAUUUGCCAUCUGCCUUACAAGCUUUGGUACAAAGUUGGCUUGCGAAUGAGUUUAUUUUGAUGCGUUUAUAUCUAUAUCAAGUUGUAUUACAUGUUUAAUAUAAUUAUUUCUGCAUGAUUUCUACUUGCAAAAGGUUUGGACAACCUUUGUUCAGUGAUACAAAGCAAAUGAUGUACAUGUUCCCAUUGUAUCUAUAUCAUUUUCUGAAAUUAUUGGCUGCAAAACGCAUCUUAUGUUA